GUGCGAGGGGUGGGUCCGUGGUGGCGGUGGGGGUGGACAGCCGCCUGCGCAUGUCAAGGCUGACUGAACACACACGGUCAAGGGGGACCCGGAGAAGGGCAGCCGGUCACCCGCCAACCAGGGUCGGGGCCCCGGCACUCUCUAGGGGCGAGCUCCCUAGAAGGGGCCCACCCUCCCCAGCGAUCGGUGGCCGACUGGAGCUCCCGCCUACUUCCCCGCCCCUCCGGACCUUCCCGCAGAAGGCGGUUGUGGACUGGACCGAGGUGGAACGAAUUUUGGAGCUCAGACGGGAGGCCCCGGUGGCUUUGGGUGUGGGGGGCACGCCCAGCUGGAGAAGGCGGUGCAGGCUGAUGAAGCCGAAGCUCGCGGGUCUUGGUGGAUCCUGGUCGGAGAGCAGCGGUUCCCAGGGGAGCCCCGGAAGCCUGCCGCGAGAGAAAAGAUGCCUGCCUUCAACAGAUUGUUUCCCCUGGUUUCCCUCGUGCUCAUCUUCUGGGUCAGUGCCUGCUUCCCUGUGUGUGUGGAAGUGCCCUCGGAGACGGAGGCCGUUCAGGGCAACCCCAUGAAGCUACGCUGCAUCUCCUGCAUGAAGAGAGAGGAGGUGGAGGCCACCACGGUGGUGGAAUGGUUCUACAGGCCCGAGGGCGGUAAAGAUUUCCUUAUCUACGAGUAUCGAAACGGUCAGCAGGAGGUGGAGAGUCCUUUCCAGGGGCGCCUGCAGUGGAACGGAAGCAAGGACUUGCAGGAUGUGUCCAUCACUGUGCUCAACGUCACCCUGAAUGACUCUGGCCUCUACACCUGCAACGUGUCCCGGGAGUUCGCCUUUGAGGCACAUCGCCCUUUUGUGAAGACCACUCGGCUGAUCCCCCUCCGUGUCACCGAGGAGGCUGGAGAGGACUUCACCUCUGUGGUCUCCGAGAUCAUGAUGUACAUCCUCCUGGUCUUCCUCACCUUGUGGCUGCUCAUUGAGAUGAUAUAUUGCUACAGGAAGGUCUCGAAGGCCGAAGAGGCAGCUCAAGAAAACGCGUCUGACUACCUUGCCAUCCCAUCAGAGAACAAAGAGAACUCUGCGGUACCAGUGGAGGAAUAGAAGGGUGUGACUAAGGUGAUGUACAAGGAAGGGCAGGCAAAGGUGGACAAGGAUGGCAGUUUGUACAAGGGACUUGGUCACCCACACCCACGUGACUUUAAAUUUGACCCCAUAGAUUUUUACCCUACCCAGAGUCCCCACCUUCAAGGUACUUCUUAAAGUUGACACCCAGGUCACAAAGCUCUGUGUGACAUCAAGCCCUUCAGAAAGUGAAUUGCUUUGGCUUGAGCAAUUUGAACUUCUUACCCACAGUGACAAAAAGUAGUUCCCCCACUCCCUCCUUUGUAAGGAUUGUGGAUUUGGUCAGUCUUUGACUGGCCUGGACUGGGCCAGUCUGGAAAUUCUCAGUGAGUUGUUUUAUUAUUGGCAGGUGGGCUGAACACUGAGGGACUGGAUAUUCCAGGUUGAGUGAUAUUAGCAGCGCCAGGAGAUGCCCCAGGGACCAGAUCACUUCCUUUCACGAUACCAUCCUUCUAUUCACUCAUCAUAUAUCCGCUCACCUCUGAACUUUCACCUCUGACUUCCUAACUCCAUCAGACCUCUACACACCAUAAGACUCAGCCAGAAAUGAGGAGUCAACAUUUCUACAGACUCAACCUCACCCUGUUCUAGCUUUCAAGCAAAGAGCUACCAUGCCAAUUGGACUUCCUGUGCUCCAAAUGACUUUGUACAAAUGCUGGAGAUGGCACACCCUUCUCUCCCUAACUGGUUGGAAUUGGCUCAUUCUUCAUUGCUUCAAGUGAAUGGAUGUCUUAAUGGAAGGAAGCAGCAAUGAUUAAUUUGGUUAAAGCAGGAGCAUCAUGAAGUGGGAUUCCUUGAAGUCAGUUUUUAUUUCAAGUUCCUGGCCGACUUGACUAGAGCAUCAGAGCAAAGCAUGCCUUCCUAGGAUCCAAAGUGAUAGAAAAUUUACUAAGCAUGGACCAAGAUGUUCUCUGGAACCUGGUACUCUGGGGCUAGAUCCUGAUAGGUCACUAAAGACUAGGUUGGACUCAGCCCUUCAAGAAGCCAAAGACAGAAGUGGCUCUUCAAAUCAUACAACAUGUUCAUUACCCUAUUAGCCAAUCUUUUUCUGAACUCUAGCAAUGUUGUUCCUGAUCACCCAAGCUCUCGACAACCUAAUGGCAG